AGUGACUGAUACCAACCAGCAACAACUAACCAACCAUGAUGAACAGCUCGAUGAUGGACUCACCACUCAAGAGAUACUCACAACCGAAAACAGUCCACUUCUCAACAAACAACCCAUCCGAGAACCAACUGAGCUGGAUCCAAGACUUAGUAGUAACCGAACAACAACAACAACAACCACACACACCCAUCAAACAACCACUCAUCAAGAACUACAACCCAACAACAACACCAAGCACUCCCAACAACAACAACACCAAGAACUCGCCACUGCCUACUCCUUCAACCCCCAAGAACAACAACAACAGCCUUAAUUUAAGCACCCCUCUCAAAUCGACUAGAGUGCCCAUCAGUCUCAACCCCAAUCUCGCCCAUACCGGCCUCAUCCUCGGCCAGAAAUCCAUCCUCGAUCGCAUCCGUAUCAAUCUUCUCUCGCUGAUCAUCGUCUGGAUUAUCACCUCCACCCAGAUCUACAAUCAACUCGUCCUUUCUAUCGUCAACAAAUUCCCGUUCCUGUCGGUCCCAUUCCAACUAACAGAAUGGCUCCUCCUGGUGAUUUUACUCGGAAACCUGGUCGAGGGGUAUUACCGAUACAAGACGCAGACGCCAGUGACCCAUGUCGAGCUCCCAUUGACCCCGCAACAGAUCCGAGGAGGCGUCCAACAUCUGCACCACUCGUCCACCAAGAAACACCCGCUCUCCGCCUCGCUCGGCCAUCAUUCGACGGAGACAUUCAAUCGAUCAGGUAGCAGUCUCCCGCGAAACCAACUGCUCUCGAGCUCGCUCAGAUCCUCGCUCCGCUCCUCGCCCAACUCGCCCUCCCCGCGCCUCGCCCACCUCCCUCCUGCCCCUCUUUAUAACCAGCAUCAACAGCAGCAGCAGCAACUGAAUAAGGACGAGAUCUUGACGCUCGAUCCGACCGUCAAUCCGCUCUCUCGGAACACCCUUCAUCUCUUCAAACGCUCCUUCAAACCCGCCGAUCUCCUCCACUCUUCCUCUUCCUCCCAUUCGGCCUCCCAUUCUUCGCUCCCCGAUCACCGUCAGUUCCUCAGACACUCCGUCCUCGGAACCUCCUCCGCCAUCUCCUCCUCCUCCUCGUUCUCCCCUUCUCCGUCCACCGCCUUCAACCAUUCGUCCCCACUGUUCGCUCGCUCUGGAUCGGUCAGGAAGGUCUCUAAUCAACUUAGCUUGCAGAAACUCUUGGACGAAAACUUGUUUCCCUCGACUUCCUCUUGACUUUCUUCUUCAUUCUUUCUUUCUUUCUUGUUCUCGUGGAGCUUUGCAAUUCGUCAUAUUAAUGCAUGGUGUUUUUUUUUUUUGGUACACCCCCCCUUUUUUUUGGAGAAAAUUGAUUGAAUAUUGUAGCUUCAUGAUGGUUCAGGAUUUAAACACAAAAGUUCAUG